AAGAGACAAUUGAAGGGAACAAAACCAUCACCUGGAAAAUUAUAUACCCUCUUUGCCCCUCAUGGAUUCUUCCAGCGGAAAGCCAAGAUCAUCUGAUUCCUCAUGCAUCGUUUCUGCAUCCACCACUCUUCCAUUUCCAGAUUCCCCAAAGCUGAGCCUAAAAAAUUACAACAGAGACGCAGAAGCGGCACAAGAAGAAGAUGAUCAUGACCAAACAGAAGGAGAGGAAGGUGUAAGGCUUGAACUUAUGCUAGCAGGAUAUGAUUCUAGUCAACCACAGCUCAAUCAAGAACUCAAUCUCCUCAACUGCUUAGAGGCAGGUGUAGUCACUCCAAGGUUUAACGGGUCAAGUUCCACUGAACAGAAGCUCUUCUCAUGCAACUACUGUCAAAGAACAUUCUACAGCUCACAGGCGCUUGGUGGUCACCAAAACGCCCACAAAAGAGAAAGGACUUUGGCAAAGCGAGGGCAACGGAUGGCAUCUGCCGCAGCUUUCGGGCAUCCAUAUGGUUUUGCUCCAGUCCCGUUCCAUGGGCAGUACAGCAACAGAUCCUUGGGUAUUCAGGCGCACUCAAUGAGUCACAAGCUAAGUUCAUAUAACGUUUUUGGUGGUGAGUAUGGUCAGAUCAAUUGGUCAAGGAUACCACUAGUUCAGCAACCAGCCAUAGGAAAACUAACUUCAACAGAGAAUCAUUAUAAUCAUCAUCAGAUGAUGAUUGCUCCACCGUUGACUUCCACAUGUGAAAACAUCGGUAGGUUCGAUGUUGGAAGGAUUCCAGUAGAUUUCCCAACUUCCGAACUAUGGCAGAGAGGCGAGGAAUUGUUGAAGCCAGCUGAAGAAGAGCAGCAGAAGAACCUUGACUUGUCCCUUAAACUCUGAAAUUCUUUUCUUUUCAUUUUUUUGGGUUUUGCUCUGAAAUUGUUUUCCUUGAGCCAAGUCUCUCCUCGAGCUUUCUUUUCUUUGUGCUGGUUUUUCGUUGUCAUUGAUGUCUACACCAGUAUUAUUCAAGGGUUAGUAAUCUUGUGAGUAUAUUUUCUACCAUAGAUUUAUGAUGUACAUCUUUCCAUAUUUCUACAAGUUUGAGUUAAUCAACUAGACAUCAAUGG